GCACGAGUGGACUGCUUGUCGCGCAGGGUCUGAAGAAGGUCCGUCGAGACGAGCACAGAAGCACUAUCAUUUGGACACUCACAUGUACAGAAUGGCAUCGCAUUCACCAUCUUCGAAUCUGAGUCAAGCGCAACAUACCAGACACGCCCCAGAGAAUGGGGCAUGACCCUUCACUGGGGCUCGACUCACAUCGCCUCCUGCCUUCCUGACGACCUCACUGCCCGCUUCAACGAAGCCUACGCUGAUCCGUCUCUGCCCACCGAUGCGGUCAGCGGCCUGCCGAUCUACAAUGGCAAGACGGGAGACCUUCUUUUGGAGAUGGGAGCCGAGAAGCCAAUGCGUGUCAGUCGGAAGAAGAUGCGUAACCUGUUCAGCGAGGGCAUUGAUGUGCAGUAUGGCAAGCGGGUUGUGCGUGCCUACGUGAUCGAGGACUCAUCGUCGCACAACAACGGACGAGUCAAGGUCGAGUUCGAGGACGGUGGCGAUGCGGUUGGCGAUCUCGUCGUUGGUACUGAUGGUGCGAAAUCACGCCUCAGGGAGGCCAUCGUGGGUGCCGAAGAUGCUGAACUAACAACCAUCCCCGUGAACCUGAUCAACUUCUCAUACAAGUUCGACGCCGAGCUUGCUCUCCGGAUACGUAAGUACAACAAGAUCUUCAUCAACAGUAUACACCCCGAUCACGGGACCAUGUACUGGUUGUCAAUUAUGGACGUCCCUGAUCCCGAGACACCGGAAACUUGGUCUUUCCAGGUCAUGCAGAGUUGGAACGACAAGUCCACGCCCCCUUCUGCUGAUUUGACUACCAAUGACGGCCGUUUCAAAUUUUUCAAGGCACGUUGCGAAGAGUACGCCGAGCCCUGGCGUUCAGUCGGCCGCGCUAUCAAGGACGGUACGCCAAUCCCAUUGGAUCGUUUGACCUACUGGGAGAAGUCGAAGAAAUGGGAUAACAGAGGAGGAAGAAUGACACUAUGUGGAGAUGCAGCUCACCCCAUGACACCCCACCGCGGCCAAGGUUUGAACAACGCGCUGCAAGACGCUUCCAACUUCGUUAGCACGAUUGUGUCAGUAUCCAAGGCCGAGGCAACCCUUGCCGAGGCCGUCCAAGCAUACGACGAUGAAGUUCUCGAGAGAGGUCAAACCGAGAUGGAGAUCUCGCUGAAACAGUCCUACUUUAUCCAUGACUGGGAGACACUCACGCAAAGUCCGAUGUUCAAGAUCGGCAUGCGCCAAGUCAAGAAGGGUGAAGUCGAGUAGGACGCAUGAUACGUCCCUCAGUGGCGAUGAUGAUGUCUGCGAACCUGGAGCUUGCGUUUGUCUCGCAAUAUGCCUUGUCACUGUUGAGACACUUAAAUCGCCUCUCAUUCGUCACAUAGUUGGUUGGGGCGGUAUUUACUGAUCCGGACGAGACCCUUGAUCGUUGGCACUGGUAGCGAUACUCGCAAAAUUUAUUGAAGUUACAAAGUGCCUCGUAAUUCUUCCUCUUUACACCCGGGUACUGUAAA